AUGCUCGCCCGUCUUGCUGCUCCUCUUUUCCUUGCCCUCCUCGUCUCGGCCAAGCUCACAAUCACCACCCCGGAGAUUAAAGAGUGUGAACCUGCAACGUUCCAAGUCGACGGUGGUACUGGCACCAUUCUCCUGGAUGUUCUCCCAUCCGAAAAGCCAUGCGAGCAUGACCCCAUCCAACACGUAGACACCGGACUCAACGGUGGUGGUCAAUAUAUCUUGCAUCACACCCUCAAGGCCGGUACUUCUGUCGUUGUCAUCGUCGACGACGCCCAAGGUGACGAAGGAUGGUCAAACACGAUUGUUGUCGCCGCCUGCCCUUCUUCGUCUUCGACCUCCUCGACUUCGCGAACCUCGGGUACUGCUUCUGUUGCUGGUACCUCGAGUACUCGUCGUCCGACUGCGAGUGUUGUUCCCGUGAACGCGGGAGAUGAUUCGACCAACGGUGCGAUUCCCGCCAAGGCCUCCUUUGGUGCUGGUGUUGUCGCGCUCGUGUCUGCUUUCGCCUUUUUGGCGUAA